CUCCGUUAAUGUUGUGAAAAGUGCUUCGGCAGUAUUAAAACCGUGAAUAAGCUCAUGUACACACUAAAAGUGCUCUACACGCUUGUACCUUGGGAAACGUUCGUCUUUGUGAGUAUUAAUAUGUUCAGAAACAACUUUUAUAUGUAUUUACCUGGAGUUAACUGUGAUGCUAAUGUAACGCACGUGUUAAGCUAGGCUAAUCAUUAAGUUUCUCAUUAAGAUGUCUAUUAGCUAGCAAUUUAUUUUCACUUUCUGUAUGUUUCAGUUACAAAUAAGAAAUAGAAAGGAGAAGCCUUGAGAGAGGAUAAGGCUUUAAAAGAUCUUCAUUAAAAGCAAGAAAAGCAAGCCUUGUGUGGAAGAUCUGGUCUGUUUUGUUCGCUGGCUGUCUAGCUUCACAUGGUCACGUGUCGUGAGGGCAGCACAUGGCUUGUAAAUAACACCUUAUAUUUUAAAUCCAAAUAUCGCGUCACAUUUGACCUUUGAUCUCACUUCUGCAAUCUACCUUUCAAGUUAUUUAUGUCCAAUUUUUACCGAUCCAUAGCAAUUAUCCAUUACUUUAUGUUACGUCCCGGCCUAGGGGUACAGGAACGCAACAUAAGGGUUAAAAGGAAAGUGACCCCGCCCUGGUCCCCAAAGCCAUACCCAGAAGCCAAUUUACAAGUCAAGGUGAAUUUAUCGUGACGAAACUAAAAGUUUUAUCUCCGGGGUGAACAAAGGCCAAAAUAACAAACAAAACAAGCUUAUUCCAUAAAGGGAGGUGCUAACUAAACCCUGGGUAAAACAAAAACCAAAGACAAGUGCUACCCCUAACUCCAAAACUGAAUAAAUAAGAGAAAAACAGUACAGAAAAUAAUAAGGCAGUUCACCCCUUCUGCUUCAGUACCUAUUUACAUGCGAAAAGUAUCUACAGUCUAUUUACAAAACUUAGCGAUCCUCAGGGAACGCACACACAAAAGUCAUCGAGGGUUUUGGAGGCCAACAAUGGGUCUGCUGCUGCUGUCAGCUGCUGCCCCACGACAACUGCUGGAGAGGGUUUUUGCGCCACUUGAUCAGGAAACCAAUCAGCAGCUGCCAGCUCUCCAAUCAGGAUGGACCUGCAGGUUUUUUUUAAAAGGUUUUUUUAUUUAGUUUUUUAAAGGGUUUUAGUGGGCAACAGAAUCAAAUAAUAGACAUGGACAUGAAUAUUGUAAACUCGGGCUCUUUUAAUGUAUGGGAAAAAAGCAUUUAACCUGCAGUUCAAUGCAAAACAGAAAAAAAAAAAUCCCUGGCCAUAAUUGGACAGAUUUAAAAAUAAAGUGUUAUUUUAAGAACUUUAAGUACAUUUUCAAAAUGGCAUUGUCUUUAAAUAAUAAUAAUUUCAGCAUAAAGUGCAGUUUUUCUUCCCAAAAAAUAAGGUAGAAACAUAACAGGUUAUUUGAGCAGCUUCACCUUUAAACUCUGAGUAACAUUAGCCAACAUUAUUUUGUACAUUAGGCUGAAAAAGUUGCAAACCUAUUGGAUUCACACUACCUCCAUGCUUAUUCACUGUCCGUCUUUUUCAGCCACUUACGAGCCUGUUCAUAUUUUCAGAGCUCAAGGCAGCUGUCUUUUUUGUUACUAUGUGACCUGCAAGUGAGAACAGUCUCUCACAUGGGACAGAAGCGGCAGGACUAAUCAAAUACAUGCGGGCCAGGACAGAUAGCUGUGGGUGGGUCUGCUCGACUGGACCACCACUGCAGCGGGCAGUCUGUCUCGCUGAUGGUGGAUUCUGCUCUGUACAAACUGGUCCUGAAUCACAGCAAAAAAUCCUGGCACAACUUCACCUGCUUCCAAGGUGCAUGGAGAAGAUGAGAGAAUUAAAAAAACAGGAACUCCAGCAACACUUGAGGAAAGAAGAACAACUUUAAUAAUUGACCAAUGCGUUUCGGCUUGUUGCCUUCAUCAGGGUCAAACUGGUCCUGAAGCCAGUCAUUUCAUCGAGUUUGGGCUGCCAACACCUUUUGUUAGUACUCGAACUGCUAGCACUAACAGCUCCCACAGUUUCUGUGCUCGCUGCAACAAAUUUUGCAUUUAGAUGGUACCGUAAGGUUGAAGUGUUUCGGUGGUUUGCAAACUUCUUUUUGCACAGUUUACACAAAACCACGCUUUUAUCAAGGCUUCCGUCGGGUAGUAUUUUGAAACGAAAUUUGGCUCUGAUCAGUCCUAGCAACACACCUUUUCUGUGUAUUGCUAUGUGCAUCAGUGUAAUCAGUAUACCAGAAAAUCGUGCAUCGACAAAAGUUCUCCUUUGCUUGGAAUGCAAAGUGUGAUUAAACUUUUUCUAACAAGUUAUUCUUUUCCAAAUUAAUUAAUCAAAAUUAACGGUUAAAUUCUCAACUCUAAUAUAUAUGACCUGAAGCUCAGUAAAGCACCACUCCAACAUUCAAACACAUCUGUUCUCUGAUUGGAUUGUUAAAUUUAUGACAUGACAUUGACCAAUCAGCUGAAAGGAAGAAAAUAAUGGCCAAAAUUCAUACUUGCAAGUUGAACCUCACACACAAGCGAGGGAACUUGAGCGCAGAAUUUUACACAAAGUUUUUUGCUUUGUAUGUGUAAAGACACCUUAAUAAAAAAACAUUUGUGACUUUCAUAAUUGUUCACAAACACAAAUCUUUUAUACACACAUAUUUUUGUUUACAAGGUUACAAAAGUUACAAGUACAAAAUAUUUAUCACCACAAUUUGAGGCCAUAUAAAUGCUUUCAUACAACAUAUUUUGCAGCACAGAAAUAACUGAAAAAAACAAAAACAAAAAACAGUCCCUUACGGGUUUUUUUUUUUUUUUGUUCUUUACUUCUUACUCGUUCUGUCCUGUUGUAUGUUUUCUCAGCACAGAAAGGGAAGUGAAUGACCACAAGUUAAAAAAGUGAGAUUCUGAGGAAGCGUGGUGGUUUAUAAGCCUUCGUCAUUUUUCAGUGUUGUCUGUUGUCAGUGAUGCUGACAAAGCUGUAAAAUGUCUGAAUGUCUGCAGAACUUUGCUCUGGUGUAACUUUACAAGAGGAGACAGAAAGAGGCUGUUACUCUGAAGUUAAGACCUCAAGUGUUAUUUGCCACAGUAGAGCUGCCUGGAGGAGCCAGACUGCAGAUGAAGCCUCCUCCCUCCUCUUUAGGAACAGGAAGUUGCUUUUUUUAAGCUGUAAAACAGAAGUUAGACGGAGUAAGGAAGCAAUUAGAAGACUGUUGGAUUAAGUCUGAAGUCAGGAUCUUGAAGUUUCAGCAUGAUGAGUCGUCCGCAGAGCUUCAUAGAAGGUGAAGCUGCUGACUCUCAUCACGCAAAAUCAAACAGAGGGUCAAAGGUCACCACAGAGAGAGUGGCACUGGUGGUUCUCUGUAUCCUGCUGGCAGCUGCUCUCAUCGUUAUUUAUCGUCUCUCAUUUGACAAAAUUAGAACGAACAAAGAGCUCGAAAACCUGAAACAUCACAAAAUGAAGUGUGAAAGUAAUCUGACAGAGACUCUCUCUAAGAUAAAACCAUGCAACACGGUGCAGCCGACCUGUCCAGGACCUAAAGUAAUAAAUGAUCCUUGUUAUAAAUGUGAAGAAGGCUGGGAGCAACAUGGAGGAAAGUGCUAUUACUUCUCCAUCAGUAAUUCAUCCUGGAAACAGAGCAGAGAUGAGUGUAGAGCUAAAGGAGGAGACCUGGUUAAGAUAGACAGCAGAGAGGAGCAGACUUUCCUGGAGAGAAGACUGAGAGAUGUAAUGACUGAAGCUGAGGACAAGUUCUGGAUCGGACUGACAGACUCAGCAGUAGAGGGCAGAUGGGUGUGGGUGGACGGAUCACCACUGGAUCAAAGUUUGAAGUUUUGGAGUGGCAACGAGCCAGACAAUUGGAAAGGGCGCAAUGGUGAAUAUCCUGAUGGAGAGGACUGUGCAAAGAUGGGAGAAAAAGGCAGCACUGAUGAUCUGAAGUGUUGGUUUGAUGCAUUUUGCUCAAAGCCUCACAGAAGUAUUUGUGAGAAAGCAGAAGUAAAAGGACAGUUUAAAAAAGUAUGUGACUGAAAUUCACGUAUGAAACACCACAAUGAAGUGAUGUAAUU